AUGGUGAAGAUACUCAACAAAGAUUCACUACAUUUUUGGAUUCAGCAGUCCAUUGGCACAGCAAACUUUACGUUGACCAUUGAAAACACGACGCAAAAAGGAGAAGGUUACGUAGGAGAAUUAGUAUUUGUUAAAAUUGAUCUACAACAACCGAUUAACGGAAAAGACUUUCUUCAUCUGGUCAUAAAAACGAAUAUCAAGAAUCUUCGAUUAGAAAAAUCUCCUCCUGUAGUGCAAGAACUUUGCAAGAGGGAAGUAUAUUUUUACAGCACAAUUCUUAAAGAAUAUCAGCAACUUCAGCUUGGAAAAAAGUUGCAUGUUCCUUUCGAUAUGGUACCGAAAUGUUAUAAAACAUUUUUGGAAGAUGGCAAUGCAGUUAUAAUUUUAGAAAAUUUAAAGAAAGACGGCUAUGUGCUUCAUCCUAGAGACCAACCCAUGAACAUUGCCCAUCUUCAAAUGGGUUUACGAUCUUAUGCGAAGUUACAUGCCCUUUCGUUCGCACUAAAGGAUCAGAAGAAGGAAACUUUUGAAAAGAUUUCCAAGACUUUAAAAACGUUAAAAGAAACUGGCAGACCCGAUCUGUCAGUCGUUUAUGAGAAAUUUAUAAAUGAAAAAAGUAUUUUUAACCGAUUCAUGGAAAUAUGUGAUACUAUACCUAAAGAUCAAGCAAUAAUUCAUGCCGAUUACCAUAAUGCGAAUAUGUUGUUUAAGUAUAAGGAUAACGAUAGAACUGUACCAAUUCACAAGGCUCUAUUGGAUUUCCAAGGAGCUGCUUUUCAGUCACCAGUAAUCGAUUUGUCCUAUUUCCUCUACAUCAACUUAUCGCCAUCUGACUUUCCCAAACUCAAAGAGUUCGUGGAAUAUUACUACACUGAGUUUUGCUUAUUUUUAAAGGAGCUAGGUAGUGAUGCCGACAAACUAUUUCCACGAAGUAUUUUUGAAGAACAUUUAAAAAUAUAUCUACCUUAUGGUGGUAUUCUGUCACUACCAUUUUUAGAAAUAUUAUAUCUUGAGAACGAUGAGACACCAGCUCUAGUUGAUGAAGAAAAUGAGUUCUUUGGAAGUUUAAUUAAGGAGGUUGAAAUAAAAUCACGGGAUCAGUAUUUGCAACGUCUGCGUUCUAUCGGUACAGGAAACUUUACUUUUACCGUUGAAAAUACGACCCAAAAAGGAGAGGGUUACAUAGGAGAAUUAUUUUUUGUUAAAAUUGAUUUACAACAACCAAUAAAUGAAAAGGAAGUUCUUUAUCUGGUCAUAAAAACAAACAAAAAGAAUCCUGGAUCAGAAAAAUCUAUUUCUAUAGUGCAGGAUCUUUGCAAGAGAGAAGUAUAUUUUUACAGCACUAUUCUUAAAGAGUACCAGGAUUUUCAGAAAAAUAAAAAGCUUCCUGUUCUUUUCGACAUGGUACCCAAGUGUUAUAAAACGUUUUCAGAAAUCGAUAACGAAGUUGUGAUUUUAGAAAAUUUAAAGGAAGAAGGCUAUAUGCUACAUCCAAGAGAACAGCCCAUGAAUAUUGCACAUCUGGAAAUGGGCUUAAGAUCUUACGCAAAGUUGCAUGCCAUGUCUUUCGCUUUGAAAGAUCAAAAGAAUGACAUUUUUGAAAAUAUAUCAAAGACCUGUACUCCGUUAUUAAACGAGAUGUUUUUAAACUUUAAAAAAUUGUUUGACACAAAAACACGUAUUUUAGUAGAAACUCUAAAAGAAGCUGGUAGACCUGAUUUGUCGAUGGUGUACGAAAACUAUAUAAACGAUAAAAGUAUUUAUACCAGAUUUAUAGAAGUGACUAAUGCCAUUUCCAAAGAUCUAGCACUAAUUCAUGCUGAUUCUCACAAUGGAAAUAUGAUGUUUCAAUAUUAG